AUGGAUACUGAAGAUGUUAUUGGCAAUUCGGUUGUUGGUGCAACUGAAAGACCGUUUAAGUUUGAAGAACUCCACUUCAAACGUUGGCAACAGAAAAUGUUUUUCUUCUUAACCUUAAAAAAAGUUGUCUACGUUUUAAGUGAUGAGAUGCCUCUUGUUGUUUCUGCUGGUUCAAGUUCAGGAACAAAUCAAACUCUCGCCAUCAAUGGUGAAAACGGUAAAAAAUCUAAUGCUGAAAAACAAAAAGAAAAGGAUUCGAUUGAUCCUACAACACAAAUUAAAGCCCAAGAGCUUCAACUGAAAAAGGAACAACAAAUAUGGUUGCAUAAUGAUUAUGUAUGCAAAGGCUAUAUCAUAAAUGGUCUCUGUGAUGAUUUGUAUGACUAUUACAGUACAUACAACCGUGCUAAAGAUGUUUGGGAGGCGCUGAAAAAGAAGUAUGAUACUGAGGAGGCUGGUGUGAAGAAGUAUGCUGUUAGUAGGUACCUGAAGUACCAGAUGGUGGAUGAAAGAUCUGUGGAGGCGCAAUCCCAUGAGCUCCAGAAAAUUGCACAUGAAAUUAUAAUUGAAGGUAUGCCUCUUGAUGAACAAUUUCAAAUUGCAGUGAUGAUUGACAAACUGCCCCCGAGUUGGAAAGAAUUCAAAAACCAACUUCGGCAUAAAACAAAAGAAUUUUCUAUUGAAAGUCUGAUUACCCGCCUCCGAAUUGAGGAGGAAUCCAAGAGACAAGAUCAGAAAGAAGAAGAAAAGGCCUAUGUGGUCACCGGUAACAAAAAGAAUUUCGGUGCGGUUCUGAAGCCUAAAGGCAAACAAUUAAAGAAUUAG